ACACUACACCGCGACAAUGGCUUCAGGAUACGGACUUGCUGGUGGCCCCUCCCGCUGCUUUCCCUUCUGGCAAGAAGUCCUCGCAUGCUACGUAACCAACACAAACGCCGAAGACGACUCGGGCAAGGCGAAAUGCCAGCCCGUGCUUGAGGACUACUACGAGUGUCUGCACCACAAGAAGGAGGCCGCACGUACCCUCGCCCUCCAAGCUGCGUACCGCAAAGCUGAAGCCGAUAUAAAACGCGACGACGCACCUUCUGCGGGAGAGAUACGGCGUCUCGGUGUGUUGGAUGCGCCGCUCGAGGAGAAGAAUCUCAAGCCCAGCAAGUGGUUCCCGCAUAAGGAGAUCAACUAGUCUAGUCUCUGAAAAGACUGGGUGUAGUCGGUUGGGGCAAUGCAUGUGUAUAUCAAGUUUCAAAGGUCCCAUGCGAGAAGUCAGUGAUUGAGGGGAUGGAUGUAGUGGAGCCCUACUUACUCACUAGGCGUGUGUAGUAUGUGCAUGCGAUAUCAAAUGAACGUUUAACACCACUG